GAUGCUGCGCGCCGCGCUGGGAAGAGGGAGCGGGCAUCGCGGCGGGCUCUGGAGGAGCCUGUGCUCCGCAGCUGCCGGCGGCAGCGCCAGAGCCCCGAGCGCCGCCUCCGCCUCCCUUGGCAGCGGCGGCGGGGCUCGGAGCGGAGGCGCUUCCCCGGCAGGUGCUAAUAAUGUAAAGCCAUUGGAUGGUGUGAAAAUUCUUGAUUUAACAAGGGUGCUUGCAGGACCCUUUGCCACAAUGAAUUUGGGAGAUCUGGGGGCUGAAGUUAUCAAAGUGGAAAAACCAGGAGCUGGUGAUGAUACAAGAGCCUGGGGUCCACCUUUUGCUGGGAAAGAAAGUAUUUACUUUCUCAGUGUCAAUAGAAAUAAAAAGAGUAUAGCUAUCAACAUGAAGAAUUCAAAAGGAGUAAAACUAAUCAGAGAGCUUGCAGCAGCAUCUGAUGUUUUUGUGGAAAACUACAUCCCUGGGAAACUGGCUGAAAUGGGUUUAGGUUAUGAAGACAUUAAAAAUAUUGCACCUCACAUAGUGUACUGUUCAAUAACAGGUUAUGGUCAGACUGGUCCAGUGGUUCAGAGAGGUGGAUAUGACACCAUUGCCGCUGCUGUUUCUGGUCUCAUGCAUAUCACAGGGCAUGAGGGUGGGGAGCCAGUUAGAUCGGGAGUAGCAAUGACAGAUCUUGCUACUGGGCUAUAUACAUAUGGAGCAAUUAUGGCUGGUUUACUUCAGAGGUAUAAGACAGGAAAAGGACUGCACAUUGACUGCAAUCUCUUGUCAACUCAGGUUGCAUGUCUCACUCAUGUAGCAGCUAAUUACCUUAAUUGCAAAAUUGAAGCAAAACGCUGGGGUACUGCUCAUGGGAGUAUUGUUCCAUAUCAGGCUUUUAAGACCAAGGAUGGCUACAUCGUGGUGGGAGCUGGAAAUGAUCAUCAGUUUGUCACUGUGUGCAAGGUCUUGAAUUUGCCUGAAAUUAGUAAAGAUUCUAGAUACCAAACUAAUACACUCAGAGUCCAGAACAGAAGAGAACUUACUGACAUAUUAUCAACCCGGUUUUCAGAAAAAACAACGAUCGAGUGGUUGCAGCUCUUUGAAGGGAGUGGGGUUCCAUAUGGCCCAAUCAACAAUAUGCAGCAAGUAUUCUCGGAUCCUCAGGUACUGCACAAUGGACUUGUGAUGGAAAUGAAUCAUCCAACAGCUGGGAGGAUUGCUGUUCCAGGACCAGGUGUCAGAUACAGUGAAUUUGAUGUGUCACAUCCAAAGCCACCUCCACUUAUUGGACAGCAUACAGUGGAGAUACUGAAGAGCAUGCUGGGGUAUGAGGAUGAUGCCAUAGAAGAACUGCUCCGCACUGGUGCUGUGGCUCAGCAUGAGGUCAGAUAAGGAACAUUAGCUACAUUCCUUCACACUGAGUUCACAUUACUUUGUCCUCUCUUUGCUCCCUUCAGUUUCCCUAAUGGGACUCGAAGAGAAGACAUAAUUUAAUUCCUAAUUUUCUUCCACAUGUUUUUGUAUGAUUUUAACACUGAUGUAUCAAAUAAACAAUCUCAUGCUGUCUGAGUGAAAGAUUUUCUUGGGGGUGUUGGGGGUAGAUGUAAUUAUACAGUCCUGUGUGACUACUCAUUUUCUGUACUUCAUAUGGAAAAUGGAGUUCUUAUCAUACUUACAGUAAUUGCCUAAACAUUUGUCCUGAGAAAGACAUGAUGUUAGUGAAAAGAAGCAGAACCUUUAAAAUCUGUAUACUAGACUCUGCACUUGCAGAUAGCUGCCUUAUACAAUUAUUUUAGUAGAGAAUCUUCUAUUUACAAAUUGGUCUGAUUGAUUUUGAACAGAACUGUCAGUCAUGAACUUUGUUCAUUUCUAUUUUAAAUCAAGGGUAGCAUAACCAUUGCAAAAUUCACUUUUAUUUCCCGGUAAUCCAAAUUACUAAUAUUGCAAUGCAUAGUCAUGACAAUCCCAAUAUGUUAGCAGAAAGAAGCUCAAACUGGCACAGUUCUUCAGUUAUGAAACAAGCCUAUUCCAAGAUCAGUUGAGAGACAAACUAUGGUUGAAUAGUCUUUUGUAAUUUUAUUUAGAAAGGCCAGGGUACUCUUAAUUAAACAUUGAUCCACAGAAAACCAAGUGCUGAAUGUCAAAUACCAGAAUUUGCCAGACAUGUCAAUCUGGUUCUGUGGGUACUGUAGGUACUGAUUCCUAUCUCUGACUCCAGUCGCCUUCCAAAGCACCUUCAUUAUGGAGAAAACACAGGUUGAAAUCUGUGCAAAACUUUUGAUUUAGUUGCACCCUCAUAAUUAAAACAUGGUGAGAGUUGACAGACCGUCCUCAAAUUUAGUAAUAUCAUAUUCUUCAGUAAGGUUGCUCUUGAGAGUAAGGCACUAUGCAGUGGAAGAAGGUGGAAGAAUUUGAUCCAUGAAACAUACUAAGGAAAAGAUUAAAGAGCCAUUUGUUCUCUACAAACAAAUCUGGCAAAUUCUAAAUCUCAAGCUAAAUCUCAAUUCUAAAUCUCUCAGUCUUCACUCAAUAUCUAAUUUACAGUUAAAGUAAACUCAGAGUAUGGAAAGGGUCUAACCUUUGUUAUGUGCACGCCAGGAGCGAGGCAAAGCCUUUCUGUUCCUAGAACGAAAUAAAACUAACUCAAACUGACACUCAACACAUAAUGUCCAUGUUUCUCAAAGUAUCGGAAACAGGCCUGGCAUUAUAACUAGCUUGUCACUUUGUUUUCACUCUAACAAACAAUAUCCUCUGUAUUACAUUUGAACUUCACAACUCUGCAUUACCUUCUGGGGGAAGAAAAGAGGUUAUUACAUAAUCAAAUUGCAGUGGAACCCCACUGUGGCUGCUCAUUUUUGAAGCCCAGUGUGUUUUGGUUCAUUUGUUUGCUUGUUUUCUCUGGUUUUGUGUUCCUUUUUUUUUUUUUUUUUCCCCUCAGAUCUUCUCCUGAUUUUUUUUCUCUUUCACUGCGUUCCUGGCACCAAACACGAUAUUCUGUCCAUGUGCUAAAGACAUCAUGAGAUCCUGGAAGAGUGACUUCUAAAAUAAAUAUGGAAAUAAGUCUGAAUUGAGAAUUGGGACACCAUAGGGGAAGAACUGAAACUGGAUUGGAAGAAGUUUUGAUAUAGUCCACCUUCUGUUUAAUCUAAGGGGAACAUCCCUUUUUUUUUAAUGAGAAAAACAGCAGUUUGAAUUCAGCUUCACAUAAAAUGGAUAAUCUGAUAUUGAACUAAACUUUGUUUAUUAAUGAAAAACACUGUCAGAAAUAAACAAAUAAAUUUGCUGGGUUGUUAAGGGGUUCUUUUCUUCACUUUUCUAAGAAUCACAUACAUAAGAUAUAGUAAAAUAUUGCUCAGUUUUGUUCAAUGAUUUCUAAAAAAAUCAGGUUUUUUCCUGUGUUUUUCUAAGCAAUGGAAAUAGCUAAUCUUAGCUACAGUAAAUUGGCAGAGCUGCUUUGACUUUAACAUAACAAUGUGGGUUUAAAUAAGCUGAAUAUUGGGCUUUUAACUCCACAAAGUAUUUUGUGCAGAGCUUACAUGUAAACAGUGUUUCCCUUUCUUCUCCAUUGUUUUUUUGUUAGUGUUUUCCUCUUUGCUAUGUUGGCAGUCAAAUGCCUAAAGGGACAAUCAGAGACAUUAUUUUGUCUCACCUCCAAUACCUACUGCAAGGGGAGAAAUCCAGAUACCAUUUCUCAGUCUUCUAGUCUUACACACAGACUGAUGCUUACUCUUUAAGAAGUCAGAAAUAAAUAGAAACCUUUAAAUAACUGGGAUUCUAGGA